AUGGCAGAAGGCAAUACCCGCUAUCAUUACGACCCGUCCAUGGCGGCGGCUGUCAUUUUCAUCGUUGCAUUCUCCCUCUCAGGUAUCUACCAUAAAUACCAGGUCAUACGGCUCAGAUCAUGGUAUUUCAUCCCAUUCGUUGUCGGUUCUAUUGUUGAGAUCAUUGGAUACACAGGCAGAGCCAUCAACGCUUCCGAGCCCUCAGGCAAAUGGACAGAUGGACCAUACAUCAUCCAAGCUCUAUUCCUCCUACUCGGUCCUCCUUUCUACGCCCCCUCCAUCUACAUGGUCCUCGGACGCCUUAUUAGACUCCUCAGGGCCGAUAGGUUCUCCCUAGUCAGGUUAAACUGGCUGACCAAGAUCUUUCUCUUUGGAGAUAUUGCUUCUAUUGCUGCUCAGGGAAUGGGUGGCGGCAUGCUUGCGGGGGCUGACAGCAAGUCGGCAAAGGAUAGAGGCCAGAUGAUAAUUAUCAUUGGCCUCUUUAUCCAACUUGUCUUCUUCGGCAUGUUCAUUAUUGUUACAGUCAUUUUCCACCACCGAAUCCACAAGAUGCCAACGGUCGCUAGCCUGAAGAUGCAAGCACCCUGGAAGAGGCUUCUCAUAGUACUCUAUAUCUCCAGCGGCCUUAUUAUGAUUCGUUCUAUCUUUCGAGUUAUUGAAUACAUCAUGGGUGAGGACGGCGAACUUAUGGCCAAGGAGGCUUACAUCUAUAUAUUUGACGCUGUCUAUGAACACCCGACCGGUUACAAGCGCAUCAAUACUACUCCCUUCCCCACCAAACACUGUGCAAUGGAGGGCGACCUACCAAAAGAAGUACAAGAUUAUCUUAGCAAACUCGUCAAGCGUCUCACCGACCAUCUGAAAGACCAACUCGUCGGCGUGUACCUUUUCGGCUCCGCUAGCUAUGACGCCUAUCAACCCGGCCUCAGCGACCUCGACGUGCAGGCGAUCGUCAAAGGUCCACUGAACACCAAUGAAAAGGAACCCAUCAUAUCUCGUUUGACCCAGGCUACUUUGCCGUGUCCCGCCACUAAACUUGAGUUCGUGGUGUAUGCCCAAGGCUCAGUGAAACCUGCCAACCGCCACCCCACCUUCGAACUCAAUCUCAACACCGGACCUCACCAAUCCGACCAUAUUAGCCUCGACCCCGCAAACGAAUCAAGCCACUGGUUCCUGCUCGACAUCGCCAUGGGUCGCCAACUUGGCCGCUGCUUGUAUGGCGCUGAUCUCACUGAGGCUUUUGGGGCCAUUCCUCGUCGCUGGGUUCUUGAAGGGAUGGCAGACUCACUCUCAUGGCACCAAGAAAAUGAGGCGAGCUCGACAAACAGCGUGCUUAACGCUUGCCGAAGCUGGCGAUACAUUGCCACGGGAGAGUUUUGUUCAAAGUUGGAGGGGGCUAAUUGGGCCUUGAAGCAAGACAAUUGUCCCACCAUUGUCCGACGCGCUGUUGAGGGUCGUAAAACGGGGGAUAAACUUGAUGCUGGUCAAGUAAUGGAACUCUAUGACAUAGUCGUCAAUGCUAAUCUUGACAAGCUUGAGACAGCAGACAAUUGA